UUCCUCUCUGCUGUCCCGUAACACGAAGUGUCGUAAAACGCGAGCUCAUAGCAGAAAGGGGACGCACGGCUGAGAGUUUUUGUUUUCCCUUGUUCUGCUGAAAUGAUUCUAUAGUUCUGCUCGGAUUCGGCCCACAACACAAACCGUUUAGAUGGAGGCCAUGGAGGACGACAGCUCGGAGGUUAAAGACGACCACAAUCACAACUACCGCGGGAGCAGCGGUGGUGGUAAAGUCAGGGCGGCGCUUAGCAGCCAGGUACCGGAUGGAUUGAGUGCCCCUCAGCUUGUCUGUCCCACGGUACCGGGGGGAGAACCGGCCAAGCGGCAGGGUAAACCGUGGUCCGGUAGUCCCUGCGGAUCAAAUCUCAUGGACUCGGAUACAGGCAGCGAGAGCAGCGAAGUCAGCGAGACGGACUGCUCGGCUGCUAACGCCGAGGAGAAAUUCAGCCUCGACUCUACUUCCAAGUUUUUGUUAAAUGCAAUGGCAGUAGAAGACUACCGGAAAAACCACUGGCCGAACCUGGAGGAGGCAAUAGACCGGCUGCUUAUCCAGAACCUCUCGGAUCACAUUUCUGUCUCCUACGCUCAGAUCUAUGGUUACGUCUACAAGUGUGUUUGCCAGCAGCACUCUGAGCUGCUCUACAGUGACCUGACCUCCAAAAUAACAGCUCACCUGCAGCAGGUUUCGACUCAGCUACAGGCCAGCCCACCUGAGAACGUGAUUGAGAACUUCAACGUUGCUUUGACUCAGUACCUGGCUUCUCUUCAGUGUAUUGUUCCAGUCUUCAUAUACUUGAACAAGUUUUAUAUCGAGUCAAAACUGAACAGAGACAUGAAAGAGGAUCUGAUGAAGCUGUUUGCAGACCAUGUUGCAGAGAAACAUCUAAGCAAAUUGAUGCCUCUGCUCAUUAAAGCUCACUCCAUGCCCUUUCAAGUACAGCCAUCGACGAUGGCCAGCGUGGUUAAAGGCCUCUACAGCCUACGACCAGAGUGGGCCCAGCUUGCUCCAGCCCUUUUCUCCAGCUUCAUUCCUCAAAUCCACCCUGCUGCUGUUGAAUCUCGGCUGCCGGAUUACGCAGAUCACGACCGGAAGCUACAAAUGGAGCUCUCCAUGAAUGGUUUUCCACGGGGUGAUCAGUCCCGCAAACGUGCCAGUGAAGACUCCUGAUGGCGACGGGAAGGCGCUCUUGGAUCUGUUGCAGAACUCUACUGUGCCUCCUACAUCUUUAUCACACUCGCUGCACUAAAUGCAAAUUGAACAAUGCCUCAUGUUCAUCUCUGUUGACUCAAGGCCACAAAACCACUGUGAACAACCCAACGACCGCGAUGUUGGAGCCUAAUUCUGAUGCAUGGGGAAAAAACACACAAACAGACUUCCAUAACGGGUUCCUGCCUCUGUGAUUACGACGCAACCAGCCGCAGUAAUUGUAUCUGCUGACUGAGAUGAAAAACCUGAUCGGAUAUCCUGUGAAUGUUUGUUUCAUUCCUAACCUUUUACCUGGAAGUGUCUUGUGCUGUUUUGUUUAAGAGACAGGGCUAAUCAACACUUUCUAGUUGCUGCUAAUGAUGCUGUCCGUGUGUUAAUCCCACAAACCGCUUGUUACAGUCCACACAGACAGAAGAAACUGUUGACCUCUUGUAAUUCUCUACCUUUACGUUGCCUUUACCGCAUAAAAAAUGUUUGGAAAUGACAGUAGUAUGCCAAAGAGGAUAGCAGAAGAUAUUUGCUUACUUUAUAUAUAAUGCAUUUGAUUCAAGCUGCAAGUCUCUGUGCUGCUUCAUCCUAACAAGCAUUAGUUAACCUGUUUGUAAGGCGUGAUUUAACUUUGAGCUGCUUUUCGCUUAAAGAUGCACCGAUCAGCCCGUCCCUGGCUGAUAACGAUUGCCAAUUUUCUACGAGGUCUGACCUGACGAUUCAGAUUUUCUUUCAAGGGAUCUUAACAUACGUGUGUGUCCUAAUAAAUGUGAAAUGUUAACUUAUUUUAGUAAUUUAAGAUAAAAUGAAACUCGUAUAUCGAUUCAUUAAACAGAGUGAAGGAUGUAAAGUGUUUAAUUCUGUUAAAUUAAUGAUUGUGACUUACAGCUAAUAAACCUCAAAUUAAGUUUCUCUGAAUAUUAGAACGAAUGAGUAAUGAAAACAUAUGUCUCAAGGCUGCAGUAUCUAAGGACGUUUUUCUGCCACACUUUUCCUUUCAGUAAACUUUUCACUAAAUACAGCAACGUCUUCAGCAGUUACGUUUAGUAGCUGACGCUCCUUGUGGAUAAUGUCAGUGACUUUCUGCUGGACACCUAAAAAUCCUUUUUAUUGGACUUAAGCAAUUUUCAUUAGCUGUAAGCCAGAAUCAUCAAAACAAGCAGCAAUAAAUGCUGGACAUAUAUCACUUUGUCUCCAAUGAAUCCAAAUGAGGUUUUGAAUUGAACUACUAAAAUAUCUUUUUGAUGAUAUUCUAAUUUAAUAUGCUCCAGUACAAACUCAUUCAUGGUUAUUUUUGUUUAAAUUUAUUAAAUGCAACGAUAAUUGACCAUAAAACAAAAAUUUGCUGUAGGUUUCCUGAUAGAUCUAGCGGUUUUGAAAAUAACAGAAAAGUAUGGGAUUAUGUCCCCAACUCAACCCAAACACAAAAAGCGCAACAAAGUGCUGUUUGAUGAGGCAUUAGCAGAAUGAAAAAAGUGGGAGUUUUCAGUUCUGAUGCAUUUAACUAACAUAAAAAAAUCAGAUUUGUUUAGCACUUAAUCUGCCAGUCAGCAGUCAGAGCCAAUCAGGGAAAAACCGAGCGACUUUGAUCACUUUCUGACUGAAUUGUGCAACUUUUAGGAUCACCUGCAUGAUUUGCAAAACCUUUCCAGACAGUGUCAGACAAUUUUUACAAACACGCUGUGUGUGAGGCUGAAUUUAAUCGAUAGAAGGUUUUUGUUUUAAGAAGCACCGACCCUGGCUGAUACCGGUUGCAGAUUUCUUUUUAUUUAAUUUUUUUAAUUAUAUUUUUUCCAGAUUUUUCCCCUUCGAAGUCUGACCAGCUGAUUACGAUUUUCUCUCCGAUGACCACCAGAUACAAACUCCUGUUUUUUUAAUCCAACAUUUAAACGUAACAAACUUGAAGAAGAAAUGUUUUGCAGGUUCCUUGAUCAAGGUGGAAGUUUUAAAUCCAGCAGAACGAAGUGAUUAAAAGAUUGUCUCUAUUUAAGCUCCAAAGCAGAUGUUCCUAAUCUUCAAUAAAAAGUACACCAACCAACAAGCUGCAUUUACUGACAGGAAAAAGUGGGAAUAUUCAGUUUUGAUGCAUAAGUAUUUGAAUGAUUGUUUGACGUACAGAUAAAGAUUCCAAUCAUUUCUGAUGGACUGGUGCAUCCGUCCUUCCCUGAUUUGUUUUCAGCCUCACAUGAUUUGCAGAGAUUUCCCAGAAAGUGCCAGAAAAAUUCCCAUAUCUGUAUUGGAAGAAUGUCUUGUGUACCUUAAGCUCACCUUUUGAUAUCCCAGACUUUUUUCUUCAUGGAUUCAAUGAGACUAAAUGCAAAUAUGCAUUUAUGUGCAUUGAAGAUGUAUAGCUUGUUCAUAAUGUAUAUAAUUCAUUGCAUCGAGGUCAGUGCACACUAGCUUUUCUCACUGCUGCAUUUCUCUGUCAAAUAAUACACUUGAUGGGUUGAUGUAUUUUGAUACAAGCUCUUACACUGUUUUAAGUGUAAGUAGAUGCUCAGGCUUGCCCCUUUCUGUUUUUCUCUGAGUGAAAUAGAAAAUGAGUAAUAUUGGGACUGGAACCGGUUAGUUGAUGCAGUGGAGGAAGAGCAAAAUUGCUGUGCCUGCUGAACACUGGAUGUAAACAGUUUUACUAUUUCUGCAACAUGCAACACAAUGAUUCAUGCUAAAAAAUAAACUGAAUAAAACUCCA